CCCCAGCCAUAAGAAGUUAAGCUUUAUUUUGAUGUAUUAUAUACUUAUAUUUUCGUGAAUGUGGAAUAUUGAUAUUUCUGUAGUUUGAAUUUGGCGCGCUGCAAUUUCACUGGAUGUUGUCAAAUCAAUCCCGCUAACGGGAUUCAAGCGGGAUUUGCUCUUAAGGGAUCCCUAAGUGGUUCUCUACACUCAGUGUAUAUUAUCCAUGUCCUUGUUCAGCCACAACUCAGAGAAACAUAGGAUAUUACAGUUAUCCAGGUCCCAUUGAUAGGACAGUCUCAAACGGAGCUUGUGCAGUUUAUUCUCCAGUAAUUGUACAUUCGCCAAUAGAACGGAGGAUAGAGGCGUUUUUUGUACUCGUAGACGUAGUUUCCUCAGGGUACCCGCACAUCAGCCUCGCUUCUUUUCCGUGUCUCGUGGAUCAGGGCCCGGUCCAGGGUGAGCACUAUGUCCUGCGCCAAGAAUCGUUGAAGUAGAAAUCUUCCUCCAAAUCGAGGUUAGUGAUCGCUGGUCUGAUGGAAACAUUUCGUACAAAUGACGUAAAUGUGGGUCGCUAUUUUUCUGAAUACAUCACAGCCGUUCCUCUCCUGGCCUACCCUCUAUUCCCUGUCAUCGGGCCACAGCCACCACACUCCUGUCCCUAACCUCUCACCUCAACAUUCACAACCGCACCAUCCUCCCGCAGGGGUUACCCAGCCAUUAAAGGAGGGAUGUUGCGGUACAGUGGUGGUCUGACACAUGGGCUAUUGUUUCUGUGAGAAUAUUGCCAGGCCAAUCAAUAAUAUAGCAUUAGAUGUCACGUAUAAGCCAUGAGUGGCUUAGGGGCGUGUGUGUGUGUGUGUGUGUGUGUGUGUGUGUCUGUGUGUGUGUCUGUGUGUGUGUGUGUGUGUGUGUGUGUGUAUGGGUGUGUGUGUGUGUUUAUGAACAGAAAUGCAUCCUCGGUACCACUUUACUGGGAGCACAGAGUUUGAGAUCUGGAAUGUGACAAGGAGAGACACCGGGGUCUACACUGUGAACUGUACCAACGAUGUGGGGUCUGACAAUACCAUCAUCACUCUGGACGUACAGUAUGCCCCUAGUGUGAAAAUGGAGAAUGACCCAGUGUAUGUGCACGUGGGGGAGACAGCAGACCUGUUUUGUGUAGCAGAUGCCAACCCCAUCAUCAACACUGACAUGUUUUCCUGGAAAUGGCUGGGCAAGGGGGAGAUGGAGGAGAUGGGGGAGCAGAUCCAGGAUGAUGCCACUGGGCAGCUGACCAUCCAAGGGGCGACUCGGGUCAACGCCGGUCGCUACCAGUGCACUGCCAACAACAACAUAGCGCCCCCUGCCAGCGUGGCAGUCCAGCUGGUGGUGCGCUGUGGGUCUAACGAGCUCUACCAAGAUCUAUCAAUCAUGUCGUGUGAACACAUUAUGGGUGCAACGGAGUGGAAAAGCGUAUUAAGCCGGAGCUCCAGAAGGGGGCUCAGUGGAAUAAGGUGGCGAGCAGAGGGGAUAGCACCAGAACAGCAGAGGGGGUGUGCCAGGGAGAGGGCAUCCCGCCGCUCCACUUCUCCUGGGCUUCUCCUGCCUGCCCUAUAGCCAUAUUGUGUGUGUGUGUGUGUGUGUGUGUGUACUGGCAGCUCCUGGCUGACUGACAGCUCUGGAGGCUCCUGGCUGGCUGAC